CCGUCGUUACAUUUUUUUGCGUGGCUCCGCCACCUAAUCCUGACAUCCCGGCCCUUAGUGGAGAACCUUACAAAAGUCGCUCAGAACGGCUAACUUCACCCAAAAUCAUCUGUCAUCCCGCACGGUCACUCUCCUUCUCUGAGUUAUCCAUAGGCGUCGUGCUCAACCAGGGACGUCACGGGGAAGUGUGGGCACCCAGAGAGCGACACACCGUGUAAAUUUGCCUCCGAAUAAAUAUGUAUGUGUGUCGGUCCACUGAAAGUAAAGUCUCGCAAAUAUUUUCAGAGCGGAACAUGUUCUUUCUGUCUGUGACCUCGUUAGAGUGCGCGUCGUGUGUAGUCAAAAGUUAAAAAGUACCAAAAGUUAUACGUAUUUCGAACACUAAAAGUAGUACGGUGCGGUUAUUAAAAAUUAGUACGAUUAAGAAAUUGUUAAAAGAACAUAAACAGUGUGAACAGAACUAAACAAAAAAGCAACAAAGAAAAGGUAAAUAACUGAAUAACAAAAACAGUAGAUUUGUAAACCACGUGGACUAUGUAAACUUUGUUAUGUCACUGGUACUAUAACCCUCCUUGGCAGGUCCAAGAGGGCCUUUUCUUAUUUUGUCGGCUAAUUAUACAGGUUAACUGUGACUACGAGCACACGGCGAUAUCUCGCUAACCAGGCAGAAGGAAAAACAAAACCUUGUUCGACAUAAACAAGGUUAUGUUCUGAGGACCAUCCGAUGGUAAAAGGCCCGCUACAUAACCUCGUUCGACCAAUUUGAGGUUUGUUCGAAGAACCAUCCGGUGGUGAAAGGCCCGCACCAUAACCUUGCCCGUCAAUUUUGAGGUUACCGGCGAGGACCUUUCGGCAGCACCAGUCAGGGGUAACACACAGCCAGCAUCGGGCUCUUCCGGGACGCCGGAAAGACGCCUGUUGUGAACCCUGAACCAACGUCGGAAACCACCACACGCAUGUGGUUAACCGUUGCUGUUCACCGAGCCAGCCGCCUGUCGCCGUUCCAGCUAAGUUCCGUGAAAAACUAAAACUAACCGCAAGUAUGCCUAAAUCUAUGUGACGUCACAACAGGAAAAUUAUGUAAAAAUAAAUCCUCCCACAUUAUGUAAAAUUUGAACUAAAGGCAGUACUUUACUGGGAAUAUUUAGUUAAUCUACACCUUUUCGAUUAAUUUGAUUCCGUUGUUCUAUUUCCGUUUCCAUCUUUCACUCGAGCGAAUUUCCAGUCAAAAUUACAUGUUCUGUUUUGUCCGCGUUUUGAGUAGCAUAAUUACUGGACCUGGGUGCUAGCAUGAGAGGUAAUCACCCGUGCACGCUCCUGGUCGUCUGAUUCCAGUUGGAUUUCUCUAGUGCGAGUUCCGCCGAAGGAAAGUGUCAUGUUGCAACACACCGACCCUGAGUUCCCCCCUAUGUUUACAUUCCAAAAUUUCCCACCCACUGAGCUUCUCCGUGUUAUAAUUGGCGCCCGCUUAAAAAGUAACUACGUUGCAUUUUCCUAAAAUCCCGGAGGGAAGGAUAGAAGCAGUUCCUGCUGAACUAUUAGAUCGUUCUCUAAACGAUCGCUGGAUGUUUGAAUGCUGAAAUUUUGCUGAACCAAACUUUACAUAAGUGCAUAUUUGAAACGAGAAAUUUGUUCAAUCUUCGACAUCGUUUGCGUUGUGAAAACUAAGAAGUUUUCCCCAUUACCACCCACAACUUGUAUUUUGUGUCGGUUUUAAGAGUUGGAAAGCACAGCAGCUUUCUCAGUGCUUCUCCUCAACCGCAGUAUCAACCCGACUUAUUGACAUUUGCUUUACUUUUUAGGAACAUUUAAAAUUAUAAAGAUGGAAUUGGAAAUUCAAAAUCUAUACCAAAACAUGAUGGUACACCAUUUGGAUAGAGAAGAAAUUGUUUAUGAGUUAACCAUACGAGCUGUUGAAGUUGCUGAUAGAGAUUCUAAAGCAGCUUUAAUGAGACGACUCAAAGACCGUCUCAAGACCGAGAAAAAUGAACCCAAUCCAGAUAUUGACUUUUCGCGUUGUCAGGCAUCUAUCGACCAAGAGAUUAGGCUGAUUGAUAGGGAAGUAAAGUACUUCGUUGACGUCUUAGAAAACAGAAUACCGUUCGAUGGAAUUCGUGAUACCCUCCGAACUAGACUAACACACUUUUAUGUGCGAUGCACUAGGGUACUAGAGGUAGCAGAAGCUGAUGCUGACUUGAAAGACUUAGACAAACUUCAGGCUGCAAUUCGAGGACAUCUACAUACUUUCUUUUCGCCUCUUGCUUCCUUACAUAAGGCACAAUCUACUCUGAUGGCGAACAUCGUGAGCUCGCUAGCUGAAUUAAAUUUAGCUCAAAAGAAAAAAUCGAAACCUAAAAAGAAACAAUCCUACAAGAAAAAAACUAAUAAUUUUGAAAUUGAACCUGAAAAUAUCGAAAAGGAAAGUUGUAACGAAUCAGAGAGCGAAAAUGAUAGUACCGAAGAAGAAGGAGCGAUCGGUUUUAGCCUCGGUGGCAGAAAAUCAUCGACUCAGCCGCGAAUUUUGAAAUCUAUUAGCGAUCAACCGCGAAUGUUAAAAACUUAUAGUAAUUCGGCGCGAAAUCGGGUAUCAGAUUCGGAAGAGAACGAACGAUUCAUUAACCGCGUGUCGCUUAGAACAAAAACGAAAUACUUACCUUCUCUUCUCGACAGCUCCGAUUUUCGUGGAUCAAAUUCAGAUUCUGAUACAGAUGAUCGGCGUGUUCAACCUCGACGGCGCGAAGAAAGAUCGCCGCAACAACCUUAUCGUUCGCGUAGAGGCCGGCCAGUUUCCGAUUGGAAUCUCUGGUACGACGGCAAGGAUAACGGCCAAGGUUUGAUGGGAUUCUUGCGCGAAGUCGAAUUUACGGCAGAUUCUGAAAACGUGUCUAGACAAGAGCUCUUCCGAUCCGCUAUUAAUCUAUUUCGAGGUCCCGCGAAAACGUGGUUCAUGUCCGGGGUAGAAAAUGAAGAAUUUUCUUCAUGGAAGCAGUUGGUCCGCGAAAUUAAAAACGAAUUUCUUUCCCCCGAUCAUGAUCACGCGAGUGAAAUGCGCGCAAUUGCUAGAAAGCAAGGUCCGAAGGAGAAAUUUCAAAAUUAUCUCACGGAAAUGCAAAAGAUCUUUAACGGUUUCACGAAACGCCUUACCGAGAAAAGGAAAUUUCAGAUCAUCUUUCGGAACAUGCGAGCAGAUUACAGGGGUUUCGCGAUCGCGUCACAGAUUGAUAAUCUCGUGGACCUCAAAUCGUUCGGUCGAAAAUUAGACGCUACUUUUUGGUACAAAUUCCAAUCGGUCGAUGAUAAUCCUCAGCGAAUGAGAAAUCAGGUGAAUGAAGUUUAUACCGGUACGAAACCUAAAACUCGAAACGAUUCUGAGAAAUACCAUCAAAAACCGCGUUAUUUUUAUGGAAACUCGAAAUAUGAAUCAGGAAACGAUGACAAACAUUACAAGAAAGGGUUUAGAGAUUCAAACAAGUCCAUUCAAGAACUCCCCUCGAAGAAAGUUGCCCCUACUGACGGUCUAGAACUUUUACUUGCACAAUACUCACCGUUACCUGAAGGUAUCUGUUACAAUUGCAGACUCCGUGGUCAUCACCAUAAAGAAUGCAACAGACCUGCUCAUGUUUUUUGCCAUAGAUGUGGUUUCAUGAACUUUGAGACCAACAACUGUCCUUUCUGCUCAAAAAACUUUCAAAAGACUGCUUGAAA